UUGGGUAACUAAGCAUCUUCUCUCCUAUCCUGCAUCUCGCCAUAGUCUUUGGCGUACGGCCGGAUGAAAGCUAACCUCUCCACAUCCACGAAAGCCUUCGAACCUCAAGAUAUAGCUAGCAAUAGCGCAUAUCGCCAUUGUAUAUAUUUAUCCAAAAAAAAAAUAUCUUAGCCAUAUGCGCAUCGUGAUGGGGACCACCCCUCCCCGCCCCACCUUCAGAUUUCAGAGGCUUCAUCUUCAUGUAACUCUAAACUAUAUCAUUAUAUAAAGGCCUUCCAUUGCCCUACAUACGAUACAACUCAACUGCUCGAUCACAAGCAAGCAACACCUGAUCAUCAAUAAUCGAUCGGCAAGAAUGGAGGCGAACCGCAAACGCAGAGGAUUCAUGAAGACGAAGCUGGUCAAGCCCUUCUACCGCUCGGCCAAGCCAUCACCAGCUUCCUCCACAACUGUACUCCCGUACAUUAAUACUACCGCUGCCACCAAAGUCAUCAGGUCCGUCGCUCCCUCGGCCGGAGCAGUCGACUUCUUCGUCAAUCACGACUACGUGACACCCGCCCAUCCGAAGCAGAUAAUUUCAUAUGCCCCGCCGGAUAAUGGCUAUGACUCCUACUACGCCAGGCUCGAGAAAAUCUACGGCGUAGUAGCCGACGAAAGUGUCGAUCUCAAGGCCGCAACUUACAUCUCUUGCGUUCAGGAGCGUUUCAAGCUCGAACAGGUCAACUCAGAACGCAAGGAUGCGUCUCAAGACAUUCAAUGGUGAAUUCUUUUAUCAUGGUUUGGUAGCAGACUUGCAGUUGCAUGCCCGUCUUCUUGAAAGACGUACGUAUGGUUGAUUAUUGAGUCAAAUUAGGGUCUCCUCUCCUAGCUAGCUAUAUAUAUAUAUAUAUAUAUCAUUGUUACGAGAUAUCUACAGUACUAGUGUACGUUGUCGUCUUUACUACUAGCUUAAUUAAUUAGAAUUAAUUAAGGUUGCCGCCCUGCUGCUGUUCAGUGAAGUCGUAAUAAAUAAGACACACCUGUUUCUGUUUGUA